AUGGUGUACGACUGGGCAGGGAAGCGGGACAUCUGCUUCCAGAUGUACAUCCAGGAAAAGAAGGGUCUGGAGGAGAUCAUGGAGUUCAUGAGGACCGCUUAUCAGUUUUCCCCGAGUAAGCGUGCCUUCCAGACUCAGUUCAAACGAUGGGGUUUCCCUUCGAAGCAGAACCCAGCCCAUAAGAAUGUCGAACUUGUCGCUCGAGUUCAACAGCUAUGGGAGCAGAAUACCAACCAGCGUGAUAUGCUUCGAGUCUUGAAUGAGGAAGGCUUCGUGAUUAAAGAACGAGAGUUAAUGCGCGUGCGUGCGAAAAACCGGUGGCUUCUUCGAGUUCCCAACGGCAUGAAAUCCCAAGCGAACAACCCUGCAUUGCACGAGACACAACCGGAGGACGAAGGCUUGUUGGCCCUACAGCAAGAGGUCUACAAACAAGAUACAAUUUUGGAUGGUGCCGAGCCUCCACCUGCGGAAGUGUCCACAUAUGUCGAGGGAUUUUCGACGUCACCGAGUUUGUCACCAGAGAUCAUAGCAAAACGCAAGGCAAGGCUGGACCGCCUGAAGUCGGAGAGCGCAGAGCGAUGGGCAUCCCGAAAGCGCCGACGUCGCACUCGUGGCUGGGCUGGACUUCCAGCAGAUCCUCCAGGACCUCCACGAUUCCCUUCGGAGACCACCAUCGACGAGAGCAAGCAGUAUCUCAGUCUGGACAACGUCAUGUACCGCCAACUCCGCGAUAGGUUUCAACGGAUCUGCGAGGAGGCUGGAUUCAUAAAGAAAACAAUUGCAGGCCCGGAAAAAUGGCAAGCAGCGAAAGACAAACUGAUUCAGGAAACCCCACACCUUCAGCAGGUUUUCAAUACCGAGCCCAACGAGCGUGAUGCGAAAGUUCUCGCUUUAGAUGUUGUCUGCACGGAUGUCACUAAACGGAUGAGAACGUUAGAGCGGAGGAUGACCAUUGCCGAGGCAAAGAAUGCCCUGGGUGUCAACCCUGAGGAAAGUCGUCAGAUCCGGAAUGCUUUCUACGACACCCUCAAAAUGGACCAUUUCACAAGCAAGCUGGAAGCAGGCGACGAGCACUGGAAGGAAUUGAAAGCACAAUGGAUCCGUGAUACACCUCUACUCCAGCGAAUCCUGGAGCCCGGAGAGGCUGACCCUCACCACAUAACCAAAUUGAAAGCCAUGGAGGUAUUAUGUCGCGACGUGAUGAAACGACUGCGUGAUGACCAAACCAAGCGGGACCCGGCCCGGAAGAGAUCGCGUGCCGCAUCGCGCGCCGAGUCACAGAACCCCACGCGGAGCAGCGCCACGCCUGUGAGCAAUAUUCUUGGGAAUGAAAUCAGCAAUGGCAUCAGCACACUGGCAUCCCAAGCUCUUGCAAGUGCCCCAAUUACCUCCAGUGAGAUUGGGGAUAUGCAAAUCGACCCUUCACUGCUCCAAGCAGCGAAUGAUCCUUCGUCUUAUUCGUCCAAUGCCCAACACGAAGCCGGCAGCGCCUUUGAAUAUAUGGACCCCAUGUUACACUCCGCGUUGCUCAACACCGAUGUCAUUCUCCAAAUCCGUCCGCAUAAUAACCUCCCUGCAAAUACUUCAAGAACCUGGACCGAGAAAUUGAAUUCUCGAACGCUUGAGGAAAUCCGGCAAUUAGUAGCCAACCGGUAUCCAUACUCAAUCGUCAACAAGAUCGAGGGAGUUGGUAAGGAUGAACAUGGGAACGACACCUCUUUUGGUAUUGACGAAGAUCAUGAAUUGGAUGCUUAUUUGACGCAUGUGCAUGAAAGAAAGCCUUUGCUGGUCUUAACGCUACAGGGUUGA